AUUUGAGCUGAUGACGGUUAUCCCAGAUAGUGGGCGGUGUUGGGGACUAUGUGGAGAGCAGGCAUGUCGGAAGAAAUCGGCAAGGCGCUACAGACGGUAGUGGAGCGGGUAAAGCAGGCGGCUGCCCGCCGUCCGCAGACUCUGCCCUGUAUCAGUCCACGGCUGGUGGCUGUCAGCAAGACGAAGCCACCAGAGAUGGUGAUUGAGGCGUACCGACAGGGGCAGCGUAACUUCGGGGAGAACUAUGUUAAUGAACUUGUGGAAAAAGCGUCAGACCCUCAGAUUUUGUUGUCGUGUCCAGAAAUCAAGUGGCACUUUAUUGGGCACUUACAGAAAAACAAUGUCAACAAACUCCUGGGUGUGCCCAAUCUGUUCAUGGUGGAGACGGUGGACUCGGUGAAGCUGGCCGACAGGGUUAACGGCUCCUGGCAGAGACUCCGGGCCGCCAACACUCAGAGGUUGAAGGUCAUGGUGCAGGUCAACACCAGUGGGGAGGACAGUAAACACGGGCUUCCCCCCGAGGAGACGGUGCAAACGGUCAAACACAUCGUGUCCCAGUGCCCCGCCCUCCACUUUAUGGGUCUGAUGACUAUUGGCCGUCACGGCUAUGACCUCAGCAAGGGCCCCAACCCUGAUUUUCAGAUGCUGUUGAGCCGUCGGCAGGAGGUGUGCGACAGUCUGCAGCUGCUCCUGGGGGAGGUGGAGCUCAGCAUGGGCAUGUCCACCGACUUCGAGCACGCAAUCGAAGUGGGUGCUACCAAUGUGCGUGUGGGAAGCACCAUCUUCGGGGAGCGGGACUACCCCAACACACCCAGCCCCGAGAGGAGGCCGAAGGUAGGGGCCGAGGAGGCAACCGGGAAGAUGGAGCGGCUCGCCGUGUCCGAUCACUGAACCUGGAUGUUCCUGGAGUCUACAGAAAGUGCCGGAGGGUAACAGGGGAGGUGGAACAGAGCCCAGUCCAACGACAGGAUCACAGAUCGAACGGCAUCUCAGAGCGGAUCUAGUUGGCAUGGUGCUUGGCAGCUGGAAAAAACUGACUACCCCCCCAUCCCCAAACUCAACAUGGUGUUACUUAUAUCUGUGAGAUUAAUGUGUAAAUGAUAAAUACUGUCAUUGUUGAAACCUCAGCGCCGGGUAAUCGGAUCACUGGAUUGCAGCGAUCGUGUUAUCGGGUAGACAUCCUGGAAUCUCUCUCGCAUCUCGACUUGCAACUUCAUGUCCUGCUUCUGCACUCAUGAGGGGGCAUGGAUGCUCGGGUUGAGCUCGGAGCAGGCUGAGUGUCGAAGGAAUUAACUUGGGAAGAGGUUUUUACAAUAAUUCAUUAAUCAAAUUUUUAUGGCACUAAGUUGGUUUUAUUUAGGUAGUGUACAUUUUGUUCCUCUAACAGAAGUAUAAUUUAUACAUAUAUAAAUGUAUUAUGAUUUGUCACCAUUUGCGAGAUGCCAUCCAUUUAACACGCAUAUCAUUCGUUUAAAUUUUGAGGUGGGGGGGGGGGCACCAGAAUAGUGUCACUUUUACAUCUCUUAAGUAAUAUCUCAUAAGUUUGGGUUGAAUAUGUGAAGAUACAAUAAAUAAAGAAGAUAAUCAUUGUGGCUUA